AUGGCGUCCGCUGAUGUUGAGUACCGGUGUUUCGUUGGAGGUCUAGCAUGGGCCACCGACGAGAGAUCUCUAGAGACCGCCUUCUCUCAGUACGGAGAGCUAGUUGAUUACAAGAUCAUUAACGAUCGUGAGACUGGAAGAUCAAGAGGAUUUGGAUUCGUCACUUUCAAGGAUGAGAAGGCGAUGAAGGAUGCCAUUGAAGGGAUGAACGGUCAAGAGCUCGAUGGUCGCAGUAUCACUGUCAACGAGGCUCAGUCUCGUGGAAGCGGUGGCAGAGGAGGCCGUGGUGGUGGCGGUGGAUACCGCGGAGGUGGUGGUGGAGGUUACGGAGGUGGUGGUGGUUAUGGAGGUGGAAGACGUGAGGAUGGAUACAGUGGUGGUGGUGGAGGUGGUUACUCCUCGAGAGGAGGUGGUGGCGGAGGAUACGGUGGUGGUGGAAGACGUGACGGUGGGGGUUAUGGAGGUGGAGAUGGUGGAAGUUACGGAGGAGGAGGUGGUGGUGGUUGGUAA